UCCACUCUUCACUCCCCACCACCAAAGAGCAAAAGAGAGAGAGAGAGAGAGAGAGAGAGAGAAGCAAACUUCUGCUUUGAACCUCAUCAAACUUCAUAGAAAUGGGUGAGGAGAAGAAAGAGGAGGAGAAGAAGAAAGAGGAAAAAAAGGAAGAGAAGAAGGAAGAAGAGAAGAAAGAAGAAGAACCUCCAGAAAUUGUCCUCAAGGUUGAUAUGCAUUGUGAAGCUUGUGCUCGCAAAGUUUCCAGAGCUUUGAAGGGAUUUGAAGGAGUGGAGGAGGUGAGUGCAGAUAGCAAGACGAGUAAAGUGGUGGUGAAAGGAAAGGCAGCAGACCCCAUUAAAGUUUGUGAGAGACUGCAAAAAAAAAGUGGUAGAAAAGUUGAGUUAAUUUCGCCUUUGCCUAAGCCGCCCGAGAAGAAAAAGGAAGAACCAAAAGAACCCAAAGAAGAGAAAAAAGAAGAGCCUCCAGUUGCCGUAACAGUUGUGUUGAAUGUUCCGAUGCACUGUGAAGCUUGUGCUCAAGUCUUACAGAAGCGUAUAAGAAAAAUUAAAGGUGUUGAGUCAGUGGAAACCAACCUAGGAAACGGUCAAGUGAUUGUGAAAGGGGUAGUUGAUCCAGAAAAGCUGGUGGAUGAUGUGUACAAGAAGACCAGGAAGCCAGCUUCCAUCGUGAAGGAUGAGGAGAAGAAGGUGGAAGAGAAGAAAGAGGAAGAGAAGAAGGAGGAGAAAGAUGGCGAAAAGAAAGACGGCGGCGGCGGCGGCGAAGAGGGGAAAGAAGAGGAAGAAAAAAAGCUUGACAUGAAGAGAAAUGAAUAUUGGACGUCCAAGUACUACUUGGAGUAUGCUUAUGAUCCUCGCCCUGAUCAAUUCUUUAGUGAUGAGAAUCCAAAUGCAUGUUUUAUCAUGUAAUGUAACGAUUAAUCCAUGGAUUAAUUAAUGUAUUAUUCUAGUUAAUUAGGUAUGUGUGAUGCAAUUUUCUAUGUAGUAUAUGUGAUAAUAAGAUGCGAGGCACAAACGCAAAUCAAGGAUUUAUGCGAUCCUUAGAUGUUGUUUUAUUUGUAACUA